GUGCUUCUGCUUCAGGUGGCCUGGUUUGUUAUGCAGCUCAUCACCCGCGCUAUCUAUCACCUUGAAACUACCCAGCUCGAAGUGGGCACACUCGCUUUUGCAGUCCUCAAUUUCCUGACUUAUGCUGCGUGGUGGGACAAGCCUCUCAAUGUGCAAUGUCCACAUCCAGUGCAUUGGAAGUCGACCAACUCGGAGUCAACAUCAACCGACUCUAAUUCAGCAUCUACUGACUCGAAUUCAACCGUGACACCGGAGUGUUACAUUGGGUGUGUAUGCACCUCAACAAUUAUACCGCUGCUGAUUAUGUCUGCCUUAGUGUCAGUGAAAAAGAUAAAAUCGCUCAAUUUGGGAUCUUCGCUCCAAUCAUCAGGAAAACCCUCCCAGGGCAAAAUUACAUAA